AUGGGAAUCCCCUCUCAGCGAGAUGUGAACGGGUUUAUUCCCAAGCCUCGUCCUGGUGAACCAAGCUCGUAUGGCGCAGUGUCUGCGUAUAGUCAGGAAGUUCACAUAUCACUCGCGACACGCCCCCCAUAUGCACCCUCUCCUUCUCUCUUAGGCUCAAAUGAUCCUCUGGGUCGGACAUCUUCUCGAGCUCCAGUGAUCAGUUUUGGUUUCGGUGGGAAGAUGGUUACGUGUUUCCACAGCUCUCCUGACCUUAUCACUGGGUUUGAUGUCGCCCUGUCGUCUCGUCAUUCGACAGAUGUGCGCGUACGUGUGUUGCACAAAAUCCUCCCCGAAUUUGCGCUUGAACCUUCUGCCGCUGCUUACCCUGGUCCUCUGUUUUCUGACUCUGGUACACCUACCAGUCUUGUGCGGACUGCGGCUGCGUCUCAAGUUAAAACAAAGAAGGCACAAGUCAUCAAGUAUCUGGAGAAUCGGAGCGAAGAGCUUUCGCGUGGGACAACAUAUAUGUCAGAGGGAACCGAGAAGCAGCGUGCUGAAGGAAAGUUGGUUCUAGUCAAGCUGCUCAAGAUCAUGGUCGAGAACGAUGGUGCACUAUCUGGAAGUGCCCACAUCGACUCAGCUGUAAGAACGGCACUGCUUCCUCGCAUUGCUACGUCUGAGGGUGGUGAGGGUGGGUCUGGUGUCCUCUCGACACCGGGGUUUACUUCUUCCAUGCCUAACGGCCUUGGUAUAAUUCCUGGCUUUAACGGUGGUCACGCUGGCACGAGUGAGACGCCUAUCUCAGUUUCCUCGCUCCUUCCAUCUGCGUUAGACAAGAUACAGGAAUUCCUUGUGAGAGGUGAAAGGAGACAAGCCUAUCACUAUGCGCUGGAUGAGAAGCUGUGGGCACAUGCGAUGGUCAUUGCGAGCAGCAUCGACAAGGAGGCUUGGAAGGACGUUGUCACCGAGUUCCUUAAGGGAGAGUUGGGCGUCCAUGACACACAGCGGACGGCCUUUAUUGGACGCGGAAAGGAACAGGUACCUCCUCCCAGCAAUGGAAGGGAGUGGCUUCGUGUGGUCUACAGUCUAUUCUCUGGUCAGGGACCAGCGGCUGUCCAGGAACUGAUCCCCACCAGUUUGCUUGCCCGAGCCACAGGUACAUUGCAAGUCCCUGCACCAGCUAUUGUGCACACCACGCCAAUGUCACCUAGUUUCCCUUCGCCAGCAAUGGCAGCACAAAUCCCUGCUAAUGCAUUGUUGAAGUGGCCAGAACUUGUCGCAUCAAUGGUCUCCAGUCCACUGUCCCCUGAGUGGUCAGCAACUUUGACAGCGCUGGGUGACUAUCUUGUAACGCAUCAACAGGUCGAAGCUGCGCACGCAUGUUACUUGCUCUCUCCUCAGACUUCUCCAAUAGGAGGCAUUGGGAGUCCAUCAGGUCGAAUUGUUCUCAUCGGUUCACGGAGUCCACACGCGUGGCCCGCUUUCUAUAAGGACACUGACCCCAUCGUUCUGUCCGAAAUUAUUGAGUUCGCCCUAUCGUUAAAGAGCAUUCCCAAGGGACAAGAACCAUUCCACGGUUUACCGCAUUUACAGGCAUACAAGCUUAUCAGAGCCUCGUAUCUGGCGGAGAUUGGCGAGACACAGGCAGCCAGCAGAUAUUGCGAGGCUAUCGCCGCUGCAAUAACACAUCCAUCACGCUACAUCCAUUCUGUUGUUGUCGAGCAGUUGAAAGGACUUGCAGAUCGCCUGAGUGGUAUUCCACAAACAGAAAAGACCGGAUCUUGGAUAGGUGGCAAGGUGAACAAACCUAGUCUUGACAGUAUCGGUAGCUGGCUUGAGGGACGCUUGACGAAGUUCAUCGCUGGAGAAGGGGAUGAACCGUCGCCCCAGCCAGCACCGUCCAAGAUUCAGGUGACAUCCCUAGGACCUUUCUCUCACUUCAGCGAGAUUUCAUCGACGACAACCUCUGCAAGUCCGUCGCCACCCCCUGGGGCGAUGAACCUGCACUCUAUAUCAGGUACACCACCUCCCCGCAGAAGCGGUUCCGCGAUGGCAGUUUCCACUUCUCAUGCUCACGUGCCUAUCGAUCGUGCCUCAUCUGCCAUGGAGUAUUAUCACCCGACACGAAAACCCUCACCAGCGCCUCCCUUGACUGCGCCUUUGCACCCACCACGAUCAGGUUACCCUUAUUCCGCACAGGGCUCAGGUAUGAAUGGGCAUUCGAUGACAAAUGGCUACGUCCCUGCAUAUACUACCGAGCCGUUGUCACGAAAGCCCUCAUUGGAGAUAACUGCCGAGGAGGGCCCUGAGCAACAGCAGGAGGCAGGAUGGUGGUCUUCGCUCAACAAUUCCGACUCUGGCCCCACGCCGACCACGGCCACUUUUCACCCAGUGGAUCAUUUCCAGGCUUCGUCCGAUGGCUUCAUCUCCUUAAUGGAUGACCCCGCAUUGGCUGCGGUCCCCAGCCCAUCCAUGUCGAAUCACCAGUCGCAACCAAGCUUCGAGGAUGAAGAGGAUGAUUUGGGCUUUGGUAAUAAUGCAUUCAAACGUGAACGUCCUCAGGAAGCAGCUGAAUGCGGGAGUGAAACAUCUACAACGCCUGCAGCAGACGUCAAGAAAACGGAGGAAACAAAAGACGCGAAAACCCCAGGGACUGCUGCGGCGCCACCAAGCUCUUGGCUGGGUCGGGCGUGGUUCUGGAAGCGUUCCGAAUCAUCCCCUGGUCCCAUCAAGGCCAGUCUUGGGCAAGAAUCCGCUUUCUAUUACGACAAAGAGCUCAAGCGCUGGGUAAACAAGAAGGGUGGUGCUGAAACUACUCAGCCAGCUGCACCACUCCCACCGCCUUCAAGAGUACAGACAGCAUCACCGGCGCGGGCAAGUGCUCCACUUCCUCAUGCCAACGGUGCAAGUUCAGCACCUCCGUCAGCCCGAUCUACUUCUGCGAUCGAUUUGAGCACGUCUCCCACUGCUAAGCCGCCCAUGCGGGUGCGUUCGAACCUCGCUCCCACUGAAGCAACAUCUCUCCCCAAUACACCAGCGCCAACGACUCCCAUGACACCGCUUCCACCACCUGGUCGUCCACGCUCGCAAGCCGCCAAACGCAAUGUACGAAACCGCUACGUUGAUGUUUUCCAACAGCCAGAAAAUGCUUCAUAG